AUGCACAGUAUUUGGUUGAGGAGAAAUGAAUUGGUUUUCAAUGGUAAUUUUCAGUCUCCGAAUGCAGUCAUAGUUAAGGCACAAGCUGACUACGCUGUGUAUAGGGAGGUGCAGGAAGGUGUUCCAGGGGCAGCAGCUAGAAUUCCUAGGAGUGAUUCCAGGCAGGUUUGGAAUCCCCCUGUAUGGCCUUGGUACAAGGCAAAUUUUGAUGCAAGUUUUGAUAAAGAUAGGGGAAGCAUGGGGUUAGGGGUGGUUGUAAGGGAUUCGGAGGGGGCUUUAAAUGGGAGUCUGGUUGCACCAAGGAGGAAUGUCACCUCGGCUUUCCAAGCAGAGUGUCAUGCUCUGCACAGAGCAAUGGUAUUCUACACUGAACUGGGUUUGAUGCAUGUAUGUUUUGAAGGGGAUGCUAAAUCUGUAGUUGAUGCUGUAAAUUCAAAAACAGAAGACAACUCUUGGGAUGGCCAGCUUAUUGAAGACAUUCGACAGCUUAAGGCAGCCUACCCUGUGUGGAAACUGGGUUUUGUCCGAAGAUCUGCAAACGCUAGUGCUCAUGCAGCAGCUAAGUUAGCAGUAUUUUUCUCUUGUGAAAGUGUAUGGUUGGAGGAUGGUCCAAAUGAGGUUAGAAGAUCCAUUUUGGAUGAGUUAGUAUGUAACGAACUAAUUCAAUCCUAG